AUGCCCAAACACGACCGCUCCUUUCAUAGCGGCGCGGUGUCUCGAGAGACAACCGAGAACCUCUACGACCUGGGACUGCUUAAUCGUCCUGGAUCCAGGUCUCGGUCAAGCAUAAACGACUCAAACACGGCGCAGUACCACCACUCGCGACCUCGCUUUGAGGGCUAUCCUCCUCGCUCAGGCUCUUCCAUGAGCGGCGCCGCUACGAGUACGUACAAACAAUCGAGCAUCAGCUCGGGCACCUUGGGCAGGCCGCAUACGCCCAACGGUAGCCGACCGCGCACCAGAGAUCAACGAGCUCCUCCUUCACCUACUGCAAGCGUCCCAGGAGCCGGCCAUCCUAUGGCAGGCAUGCUCCACUCCGACCGCGCGCGUUCAAGACGAGAAAGAACAUUUGUUGGCGGGGCAUGCGCUGCUUGUGACGAGCUCUUGGAACAUACCUUAAGAGGAGAAAGGGUCCUGCAGUUUUCCUGCGGCCAUGUCGCUCAUGAGGCUUGCUUCUAUGAGUACAUACGAGAUUCCGACUCGCAGUACUGCCCAACAUGCGACGCUCCCUUAGGUCUAGACUCUUUUCGUGGGGGGAGUAUAUUGGAUUUGAGCAAGCUGAGUAACAUGGUCCGAGCUGUUGCACACAAGGAUGCAGCCUCGCCAAGAAGCUCGCAAAAUACUCCAAUGCCAUGGAACAAGGAGGCACCGACGGUGGAAGACGAUGAUCGAAGCACCCGUGAGGUUCCUGCUCGACCCAGCCGUGAGAAUCCAAACAGAGACAGCCGAGAUAGCCAAAGGAUGCGAAUAGAACGACUCGGCAUCGGACAUGGACGUACCUCUGGGUCUGUCAACCAUGCGACUUCCGAAUCUAUCAAUCAGUCUAUCAAUCAUACACGCAACGACAGUGGUGGAAAAGCCUCCUCGACGGAGCUCAGCAAUGACCACGGCCAUUCGCGAAAACACGAUUAUGAUCUGCACGCUAUGGAGACCACUGUCGCAGUCACGCAACCGAAAGACACGAAACAAAUGAUACCCACUCCGAUCGUGACUGUACGCAGCGAAUUCCCCACGCUCUCACGGUCGAGGCAACAGCAGAGUUUGACCUGUUUGGUGUCAAUUGAGGUACCGGAAUUCAAGUGGCCAGCACAUUUCGAUGAAGGACAGACAACACCGCCUGUCCCGCCCCUUCCUACAGAUUCCGGGAUUGGUAUUCCCACGGUUCCAAAAUUACGCGGCCAACGACCCCCACUGAACUAUGAGUCGCCCGAAGUCCUUGACGGGCUCACCGAUGAGCUAAAGAUCCGGGUUGACCACUGGCACGGUCUGGAAUUCUCCCGUUUUGGAAACCUGCGGUUGCACGGUGUGAUCCGCGUGGGAAAGGACCGACAUUCGUGGCAGGAGCUGGAGUGCUACUUAUUUGGCGAAAUGCUGAUUUGCGUCAAAGAGAAAAAGAACGCUCAACCUCCUGUCACGCUCGAGUCGGGCAAGAGGUUGACCAGAUGCACUUUAAAAGGCUCAAUCCUUAUCAGGAAACACCUGAGGCAGGUUCAUGCUUCCCUGGACGAGAACAUCCUUACUUUGAACCUGUCUGUGGCAGAGCUGCCAACUUUCCAUCUCCAGUUCGAGGAAAGAGACAAGCUCGAACUAUGGCAACGCGCUCUCCAAGAUCUGAACAACACCGAUUCGUUCUCGCGCUAUCAAUCCGACUAUGACCAGGAUACCUCUGGUACAGAUGAGGAGGAAUAUGGUCGGCAAAACAGGACUGUUCGACGCGUACCCUCCGUUGCAUCAUCUUAUGGAGGACCGAAGUCUGCCACCACCGCUGCCACUGAUUACUCUGGUCACAAGCCAGUUGUCGAUCGAAGGGUUCCACCAUCGCUACACGUUCCCAUUGAUGUUGUCGUGGUUAUUCCUGUGUCUUCUUCCAUGCAAGGCUUGAAGAUACAGCUCCUGCGGGAUACCCUGCGUUUCUUGGUUUCCAAUCUGGGCGACCGUGACCGCAUGGGUCUGGUUACAUUCGGCUCAAGCGGUGGCGGUGUUCCCGUGGUUGGAAUGACAACCAAAACGUGGUCCGGAUGGAACAAAGUCCUCAACUCGAUCCGACCCGUUGGACAGAAGAGCUUGCGUGCCGACGUUGUUGAAGGUGCAAACGUUGCUAUGGACCUGCUGAUGCAACGAAAAGCUGCGAACCCAAUCUCGACUAUUAUUCUGAUCAGCGACUCUUCCACCUCUGAUACCGAGAGCGUUGAUUUCGUCGUACAAAGAGCUGAAGCUGCCAAGGUGGGAAUCCACUCUUUUGGUCUUGGUUUGACCCAUAAGCCAGAGAGCAUGAUUGAGCUCUCGACUCGCACCAAAGCAUCAUAUCUAUACGUGAAGGAUUGGAUGAUGCUUAGGGAAUGUGCUGCCGGUGUCCUUGGCACUCUUCAGUCGAUGUCCCAUCAAAACGUCAAGCUGAAGCUUAGAUUACCCGAGGGUUCUCCGGCCAAGUUCGUUAAGAUCCAUGGUGCUUUACAAACGACCAAGCGAGCCACUGGAAGGGAUGCCGAAGCCACUCUGGGAGAUCUCCACUUUGGUGAUAAACGUGACGUUCUAGUACAACUGGUCAUUGACCCAGAUACUUCGACACAGGAUCCUGCUCCUCAAGAUCCGUGGGAGUCAAUCGUGUCUGGUCUGGAAGCGUUGGGCGGUUCUCUCGACGUCGAGGACCAACGGGUGCAAAGCGUGGAAGAGCUCCCGCUGCUCCAAGCCGAUUUAUCUUACGGGGAUCUCCUGCGCGAGGGAACGAUAAUGCAGCUCCCGCGACCAUCUUUAUUGGCAAUCACUAUGCUACCAGCUAACCCGAGAGUUCGGUCAACCGGCAGCCGGCCUUCGUCCCCACCUAUUCCUCCACACCCGAUGAUCGUACAGCGGCGUAUGGAGUUGUUGACCUCCGACAUGUUGAGUCGCGCGUUGACCCUCGUGGCUCGCGGCCAGCAUGAGCGGGCACACCACCUUCUGAACGAGACCCGAACAAUCCUUAAAGGGUUAGGAAAGGGAGGCCUUCCUCCUCUUCCUCCGGGCGCAACUCAUAACAAGAGGCAUACUCCGCCGGCCAAGAGCCACAGCCCUCGAGCUGAUACCCCAGAACGAAACCGUGACCACAGCCCGCACUCCGAUGUCAGCACGCCUAUUGCACGUACCAAUGGAGUCGACCAAGCAACGAUGAACGCUCUCGAUGCCGAUAUCGAAACCAGCCUGGAGUGGAUCAACCACCCGGCAGUAUUCUCCCGGGACUCUCGCAAAGCCGUCCUGCAGGCCAUUGGAGUCAUCUCUUCCCAGCGAGCCUACACGUUCCGCACAGCCUCGGAGUCUAUAUGGGCUGAUCGAGUGCCUGGUGUCAAACGACUCACAGAGCAGUCAAGGGAGUGGAGGGAGGUAGCGGAUGAUGCUUUGACUGAAGAAUAA